GACAAGAGCCGCGGCCAUGGAAGAGCUCACGGCAUUCGUGUCGAAAUCCUUCGAUCAGAAGACCAAGGAGAGCACCAAGGAGAGUAUCACGUACAGGGAAGUUUUGGAGAGCGGCUUGACGAGGGCGCGCGAGCUGGGCAGCCCGGACUCAAACCUGCAGGACAUUACGGAGGGCAGCCACUGCCCGGUGCAUCUGUUCAAGGACCACGUCGAGCUGGAGAAGGAGAAGCUGAAGGACUUUAGUGUUUCGAGGUCGACCGAGGGGAUCUACGAGUGCAAGGAGAAAAAGGAGGACGUGAAGUCGGAGGACGAGGACGCGCAGGGCAAACUGAAGCAGCGGAGGAGUCGCACCAACUUCACCUUGGAGCAACUCAACGAGCUGGAGCGGCUCUUCGACGAGACGCACUACCCCGACGCGUUCAUGAGGGAGGAGCUGAGCCAGCGGCUGGGACUGUCCGAGGCCCGAGUGCAGGUCUGGUUUCAGAACAGGAGAGCAAAAUGUCGAAAACAAGAAAACCAGAUGCACAAAGGAGUCACCCUGGGCAUCGGCAGUCACCUCGACGCCUGCAGAGUAGCACCCUAUGUCAACAUGGGUGCCCUCCGGAUGCCCUUCCAACAGGUCCAAGCCCAGCUCCAGUUGGACGGGGUCGCCCACACCCACCCGCACCUGCACCCUCACCUGGCGGCUCACGCCCCCUACUUGAUGUUCCCGCCCCCACCGUUCGGACUACCCAUCGCAUCGCUCGCCGACUCGGCCUCCGCGGCGGCGGCGGUGGCGGCCGUCGCCAAGAGCAACAGCAAGAACUCGAGCAUCGCAGACCUGCGACUCAAGGCAGGACUUCUGCGGGGCCAGUGGCUCAGUCCACUCCAGGCCCAGAUCACAUCCCACGGACCGUACAAACACAUGUGGAUGUCUGUCUGAGGGUCCGGGCCGGGGCCCGUCAGACCAGGAGACGUUAGAACAAAGCAAACUGGCAGGGCAGCAGCGGGGCCAAAAAACGGCGGAGCUUCGCCGACGCUGGCCCCCUGCCGCCGCGUUAACAAUGCAGAGGGUUGUGAGCAUGGGGGGAUACGAACCCCAACACACCACCUCGCAGAGGCAUUGGAGCGGCUCUCACCUUUUACGCCCCCU